UUAGUUUCCUACAGCCCCCAUACCUGCUUUUUCAAACCCUUACCUACCUGUACUGCGAUACCCUUAACUUUUGACUAGCUUCUGUACUGCGAUCUUCCUCUGAACCGACCUUCACGAUCUUAUCAUUGCCUAACGCCUUACCAACGAACCAACCACUUCCGAUCGAACCAUGUCUGCUGUGGCACCCCCACCCGAAAUACUCAGCUCUCUGCUCUUGCGAACUAGCACCCCUGCUCCGGAUGAGAAAGUGCUCGUCUACCUUGAGCGCAUGCGCCAGUCCCAGACCGACAUCGGAGACGAAGAAGACCCCAAGACUCCCCGUACCAAGACCAAGAGUCAAAUCACAUCCACCUCCUAUCGUCGCCGCGACGAAGAACCGGAGGAGGAUAUCGAUUCGAAUGUCCAAGAAGGAGAGCGCUCCACUAUCGGCUCUCUACCAGCGAACGGGCGUGAGCCAGGACCCGAGGAUGGGCCUGGUCCUAAAUACGAGUCCUAUGGAUCUUCGUGGGGAAACUUUGGACCUCUUCCACCUGACAGUCUCAACGCAGAGGGUACCCCCAUGAGGGCUGCUGGUGUGGCACUCCCGCCUUCUGGGCCGUCCACCAAAGUGAGAAGCUCUCGCGCUGGAUCCCGUGCUUCAGCUUCUCAGCACCCGCGUACACGUGCCUCCGAGGUGAACGAAGAGCCAGCAGUUACGGCUGCUGAAGACUUACUCAUGUCCCCUCGCAGCAAGACUCGAACCGCAAACGGCGACAGACCGUUAUCUCCACGAUCACAUGCAUCUCGCGCCACACCCCAACCGCGUGUAUCUGAGAAGGCAUCCUCGACCAUCUACCCCCCUCUGCCCCCAUCCCAGUCUGGGGCACACGCUAACGUCGGAAGCUCCGCUAAUAAACCAAUGUCGAACUUAUCGUAUCACAAGACCCGAUCCAUCGCUCCCUCGCUCUCACCCUCGGACUCGCCGUCGCAGUACAAGCCACCCAAGGUCAAGAAGGAGCCUACGUUAAAGCCUGUCCAGUCUGUGGAGGGCUCAGAGAUCGAGAGAGGUUCGAGACACACGAGGUCUCGCUCCGGACAGAAUGGCGAAUUGCGUUCUCAACACGGCGCGUCUGCCAUGUCCGGUGGGCGCAACGGCGCGAAUGGCAGCCAGAGGCCGUUCUCGCCUUACCGACACGCGCCGACCAGUCAAGACCUCUUACAAGCUGCGAUCCGCGGCCAUUCCGUCGCGUCCAACGGCGACGUCGUCUCUAACGGUCGCGGACACGGUUCCACGACUUCCACAGCUAAGCGCUCUGCACUCGCACGCGAUGUCGACCACACUCCCACGCAGAGCCGCCCUCAAUCUCCCAAUGACGAGAUGAACGAGCUCAAUGCGGACGAGCGUCAAAUUAUUGAUGACGUCUUAAGUCGAGGAGCGCACUCGCAUGUCCAUCAUAGGGCGUCGAGGACAAGUUAUGCGGCGACGUCGGUGCUGGAACCAGAGAUGGUUUCGCAUUUCCAUGAUGUGGACUUGUGUAUCUUGUUGCAGCAGCUAGAGGAUCCGAAGCAGCAUGAUGUGGUGAAGAAGGCAGUCAAGAAGGCUUUGAAGACGAGGGUGAAGAAGUUGGGGAUGAAGUACGAUACUGAGACUAUCAAAGAGUACCGCAAGUCAUUCCAUGAUCACGAUCCUAGUGUUCACCUCCAGCCCGGCUACCAACCAAACUUCCCCCAGGAACCUCCGGACUGGGCGAAAGAACUCAUGCAGAACAUGGUCAUCAUGCAACAACGCCUGGAAGGUCUCGGCCCUAAGAUCGACUCCCUGCGAAGCCAAUCCGGCUCUAUCCACGAAAGCCAACGCCAAUACCAGCCGCAAUAUGGCACCGAAUACGACGGCGACGGCACGCCCAUGACGCAAACCGUGAACAUCCAGACGCAAAUGACCGGUAUAACGGGCGAUGAGUCGAUGUAUCCCGUCGACCCAGACAUGCGUAUCGUGGAGUCGACGCAUGGGCAGACCUUGCCUGGCUCGAUGCAUCGCCAUGACGGAUCCGAUCAUGGGUUGGGCGAGGAGGAAGAGUACGACGACGAAGAUCAGACGCAUCGAGGUAUGCCGAUGUACCAUGGCGUGGGGACGGACGCCGAUACGAGGACUCAUGGGCUCUCCGAGUACGACAAUAUCAACAACCGCGACUCGCCUGGUCAGCAAUACCUCGAGGAAGAGCUGUACAAGCUUCGUGUCAGGCCUGGCGGAAGCCAAUCUGCGGUUUCGCACAAGACUUGGGAGCUGGCGAGAGGCGACGGGGAGGAUGAGGAUGAAUUCAACGAUAACCAGGUUGCAGUGACGGAGUCCGGGAUGCCGGAAAUUCCGGACUCUAACGUGGGCUAUCAGAGAGCUCAGUCGCCACCACUGCCGGCUUUGCCUUCCGACCAGGGAAGUCGCAGGGAGCCAAGCGGCCAAGUCUGGCAGCCCAACAACUAUACUGAUGAGCCACCGCUCCCUCCUCCUUGGCAACGUAUCCAUCAGCGUCUCCUCAACUGGGCCAUCGUUUGGCCGCUUACUGAGCUCGAGACUGCUCUCAACAGUACUACGCGCGGGGCGCAGGUCGACGAAGUCGCGCUCAGUAUUUGGUCCACGCAGACGUAUAAGCGGUAUGUUAGGAGCAAGAUGACGGACAGUCCGCCUGGGAGGGUGGAUAGACUGUUCGUGCCGCCGAAUAUGGCGGAUGCGAUCAGCAAUGCGGUUUUCAAUGGACGGCAUGGUGAUGCGUCGGGGAUGUUGAGGGAGCUUUGGCAUCCAUUUGGUCUAGAGGGCAUGCCAAGGCUACUCAUCGUCCUCGCUAAACAUCGCUCGGACGCCAACCACUGGGUCGUACACCGUUUCUCUCUCCCGGAUGGUACUUUGACGACGUACGACUCGUACCCUGAACGUUGUCUCCCGGAUGGCCGCCCUCUCGGUUGGUGGUUCGCCAUCCGCAUCGCUUGGCCCAACGCCAUAUACCCUUCUCCCGAUCACCUCAUGCAAAAGAUGGUUCGCCUGCACAGGCCGAUGCAACUCGGUAUCGACAACUCAGUCGCCGCUGCUGGGAUUUGGAGGAAUCUUUUGAUGGGAAGCAGGGCGGAGAGGAGUUUGGACUUGGAAAGAUUGCGGGAUUUGAUUAAUACGGAGGUGAAGAACCUUAGGCAGAGGAAGUUGAUGGGAAAGCUGUCGAUUGGGGCGCCGAGGCCGAACUGGGAGGAUAUGAACUGAUGAAAUCUGGAAAUGACUGCUUAUGAUAUAUCAACGAACGAUUCACGAGGAAGUGUGGGUGAUCUAGAGGAAGGGGUUGUUUACCUGUUUGUUUAGUUGUUUGUAUGUGUUUGUGAUUGUACAGUAGUCGAUCCCCCAUAUGUCUUUUGCUUGGGUUGCCUUACUACUUACCUCUUUGCUUCGUUUUGUAUCCGAGCCUCUUGUUUUACCCUCUCCUGUUGCGAUACACAUCCGUCCUUUUAGUUUAUUCGGUUUGUGGACUGUGUCCUUCGUUUCUUUGUGAUCUGGAAUGUAUACGUUUGCC